CCAAAGCCUGCGUUCAAGACGUACACCGUUUCCGCACGCAAGAAAACGCCGACUAGCCGCAGCACUUGAUGACGUAAUACUACUAUCUAUUGCCGGGGCACCUGCCAACAACGAGGUCUGGUUCGCAGGGACACGCAACCGCACCCCUACCACGGCAUUUGGCCUUGUCCCUCCCAGGAAAAAAACACCAAAGCAGCGCAAGCAGUCACAAGGACCCUUACAUAACUUUCUCCCUGUCUCACUAUGCUACCAACGCUAUUGCAGCAACCUUCUCCAUCAUCAUCGUUGUCCUUAUCUAGUACUAGCUCUUCCCACGCCACAAGCACCAACACCACCACCAGCAGCGGAAGUAGCAGCAGUACUAGCAGCAGCAAUGGCAGUAGCAGUAGUCAAAAACCCACAAUGCUAUCUCCCUUCUUCGCACCCCUACCACCCACAACAUGGUCCCCUACAGCCGCAGCCCUGGCCCUCACCCGCGACAUCGCUAGCAUGAACACCACCAUCCUAGCCGAUCUGCAGGGCCUCUCCAGCAUCCCGCGCAUCUACACCACGCUCUUCCAUCGCACGCGCGAAUUCGCCGCCACCGUGCGGCAUUUCGCCAGCGUCGUUGCGGCGGGCUCGUGGGCUGCGGCGGCGUGUCUGCUCGUCGACUGGGGCGUCCAUGUGCUGCGGCAUCCGCGCGUGGGGCUCGAGCGCUUUCUGAAUAGUCAGCGCGAGAGUUUGUAUUGGAUUCUGGAUGAUGCGUUGCUGAGGAUUUGUCUGGAUAUGUGGGAUCCGCCGCGUGAACAGCAGGCUUGUCAGAGGAAGGAGAGGGUGCUGCCGUGGGAUGAGGCGACAGACCCGAUUGUCAGGGCGUUGGCGAAGGCGCAGGCCUUGGUGCCGGUUUGGGGGCAGAUGGAUGUCGACGAGACGAGGAAGUGGGAGGUCCCUGUUUGCGAGGGCGCCCAGGCCGAGUGGUUCGAGGUGGGCUGGUUUCGGCGGUCGAGGCAGUUUCUCAGGGAGAGUAGUAGGAUUUAUGAGAUUUGGAGGACCAUGAGGAGGGUGGGGAAGGGCCAGUUGCCUGCGGAGCUUGCGAAUGUGAUUGUGGAGGAUGUGGCGGCGUUUGAGGUGUUGCCCUUGGGGGAUCUGAGGGAGUUGUAUUUUCCGGCUGAGAAGCAAGCAUUUGGCUAAAUGAAUAGAUUCAAGAGAUAUAGAGAGAAAAAAAAAAUAAGUUAAAGACAAAGCGAGGCAUACGAUGUCGUUUAGCCUCUUGCAGAGUCCAAAAUGGCAAGCACAUCUUCCUUUCC